GUUGAAAUUCCAAUGCUAACCAACUUUAGCCAGCUUGCUAACAUGUAAUUCAAGCGAAUGUGAAGAACUACACACACAGCGCUAUUCCGGACCUAAAUGCACAAAUAACAUUUAUCUCCAAAGCAGGCACAUUGGACAGUUCGUCUUCAUGUUUGCUACUGCGCUCGUCUCAGCCACCGCAACCGGGACAUGUCCAGUUAGCCAGAACGCAGCAAUCGGCGGAUAACGAACCUGGCAAAGCUAGCCAGCGAGCCCCGUUCGGACUGGGUCUGCGGUGAGGGAUUUGAACAGGUUUCGUCGCUCGGAGGACCGUGAAGCCGGAUGCUGUGACUACCAUGAGUCCCGCAGGCUGCCCCCAUGUCAACGGCUUCAAAGUGGACAACUGGAAGCAGAACCUGAGGGUUAUCUAUCAGUGUUUCGUGUGGAGCGGUUCAGCUGAGACCAGAAAACGCAAGGCCAAGUCAUGUAUCUGCCACAUGUGCGGCGCCCACCUCAACAGACUCCACUCCUGCCUCUACUGCGUCUACUUCGCCUGCUUUGCCAAAAAACAUAUCCACGAACAUGCCAAGAGCAAAAGGCAUAACCUAGCUAUUGACCUGCUGUACGGGGGAAUUUACUGCUUUAUGUGCCAAGACUACAUUUAUGACAAAGAGAUGGAACAGAUUGCCAAAGAGGAACAAAGGAAAGCCUGGAAGAUGCAAGGCAUCGGGGAGAAGUACUCAACAUGGGAGCCCACGAAGAGGGAGUUGGAGCUGCUUCGUCACAACCCCAAGAGAAGGAGAAUCACCUCCAACUGUACAAUCGGGUUGCGUGGUCUGAUAAACCUGGGCAACACAUGCUUUAUGAACUGCAUCGUCCAGGCUUUGACGCACACUCCGCUGCUGCGAGACUUCUUCCUGUCCGACCGACACAAAUGCGAGAUGCAGAGCAACUCCUGCUUGGUUUGUGAGAUGUCGCAACUGUUUCAGGAGUUCUACUCAGGCCACCGCUCGCCUCACAUCCCGUUCCGCCUCCUCCACCUGGUGUGGACGCACGCCCGCCACCUGGCCGGCUACGAGCAGCAGGACGCCCACGAGUUCCUCAUCGCAGCGCUGGACGUCCUGCACAGACACUGCAAAGACGACAACGGGAAGAAAGCCAACAACCCGAACCACUGUAACUGCAUCAUCGACCAAAUCUUCACAGGGGGCCUGCAGUCUGACGUCACCUGUCAAGUCUGCCAUGGUGUUUCAACAACCAUAGACCCGUUCUGGGACAUCAGCCUGGACCUCCCAGGCUCCUCCACACCAUUCUGGCCCCUCAGCCCCGGAGGAGACGGAUCAGCACUUAACGGAGAAAGUCACACCACUGGAGCCACGACGCUCACAGACUGUCUGCGCAGGUUCACCAGACCAGAGCACCUCGGCAGCAGCGCCAAGAUCAAGUGCAGCGGUUGCCAUAGUUACCAGGAGUCCACCAAGCAGCUGACCAUGAAGAAGCUGCCCAUCGUGGCCUGCUUUCACCUCAAAAGGUUUGAGCAUUCGGCCAAACUACGGCGGAAGAUCACUACUUAUGUCUCCUUUCCACUGGAGCUGGACAUGACUCCCUUCAUGGCCUCGAGUAAAGAAAGCCGGAUGAAUGGGCAGUACCAGCAGACUGUGGACCCCUUCAACAACGACAACAA